AUGGAGGAUUUUGACCUACUCUACAUGAUGAAAACUCCCUUUUACAUGGGAAGCUUCGAUAAAGUUCUAACUGAAGGGGAAACAAUCGAGAUCAAUGAGGAAGAUCAAAGAAAUAUCUAGUUAAAAAAUCUGCUCAUAGUUAGAGCCCUUACAAGCAGAAACGAUUUCCCUUAGCUUAAGACUUUUAUGCAGAAUCUAUUUAAUGAUCCAGUUUAGAAGGGAGAGGUUGCAAAUUACUCUCUUUUAGUUUAAUAUAUUGCAUAAAAACUUGUUGGGUACUUGAGAAUAAACAGACCAGAUCUAGGAGAACAAGUUCUCAAGUCUAUGAAAUCUCUUGAUGAAGAUAAUUGCCUUACUACUCUCGCUCAAUGCUGGUUGAAUCUAAACUAAUCAGGAUAGAACUUCAACACAGAUUCACUGAUAAAUAUCCUGAAUGAAUUAGGCGAGAAAUAUGGAUAUACAACUAAAACCUACAAUCUUCUUGCUAUAUCGUUACUUUUAAAGAAUGAUCUAGACAGAGCACUUAAGAUUUUUGAAUCUGCUCUCAAUGAUCUGAAGCUAGAUACUCCAGAGGGAGAGUAAAAGCAUCUCUAUGUUGGUAACAAUGACCUAGCUUCGUUACUUGUGAACUAUAUCAAAUGCAACACUAUGAAGACUGGACUCGGCUUGGGCAAUGAAUACUUUAAGACUGAUGAGUUGAAUAAAAGAUUGUUUAUAUAUGUGCAAAAAAUAAACCAAACCAUGCUGCCUGAGUUCUUUGAAGAAAGGAAAAAAGCAGAUAAAAUGUUUGAUGAAGCUUUAAAGCAAUUAAAUUGA